GAUGUUGUUGUUGUUGUGGUUCUUGUUGUGCUUAAACACGAUAUAGACUAUAACAAAAACUCAUACAGACACGCUUUUUCCAUUUUAGCAGAUAAAUCAACGAUGAUGAAAACACAGAAAAAAAACACAAACAAAAUCUAUGGGGAACUGACCCCAUAUGACCCAACAUUCAGUGGCCCUGUUCAUAAAAGGUCCUUUACAGAUGUCUUAUGUUGCUUUAUUUUCGUUGCCACUAUGGCCGGCUAUGUAAUCAUUAGUGGUGCAGCUUGGCUUUAUGGAAAUCCACAAUACAUCAUCAAGGAGCAAAAAUAUGCUAGAGCAUUUUGUGGAGUUGGACCCAACGUCGAUAAACCCAAUCUGUUUUACUUCGACAUGCAGAAGUGUGCCUCAGCAGUCAACAUAUCUGCUACAACGUUCAGCCUUCAGUGCCCAACGACUCAAGUGUGCAUUAAGAAGUGUCCCUCGGCAUUUUGGUUUUUGCCGCCGGAGGCAUUAGUUGCAGGUGCAAAACCGAGUGAUUUCUUCCAGCAGGAGUUCUGUGUCCCCACUUUGGACCUCGCUCAGACCACAUUUACGGUACAAGACAUACUAGACAAAGGGCUUUGCCCGGCAUAUUAUACGCCAAGCACACCAGUUCUGAGAAAAUGUCUGCCCAGUUUCGAUCCAAAAGAUGUUCCACCGGCCUUCACUGUCCACGGAUCAACCUUGAAUAACAAGACAAUAAAGGUCAUAAUGGACAUUUCAAGCUCUAUCAGGUCAGGCUUCAUCACGGUCAGGAUCAUCGAGGACCUCGCCAUUUCCUGGUACUGGAUAUUAAUCGGUCUGGGGAUUGCACUGGCAGUAAGUAUGGUGCUGCUCCUGCUGAUGCGAUGCUGUGUUUCUGUGGUGGUCGUAGUUACAAGCGCUGGUCUUCUGUCACUGGGAGCAUACGGCAUUUACCAGUGUUACCAGCAGUAUAAGAAACACAUGAACUCACAGAUCAAAUUUGGUGACCUCAGUCUUCAGUCCGAGGUGUCAGACUAUCUUAAAGUGAAGGAGAUCUGGCUGGCUUGCUUGGUGAUUGUAUCCCUGCUGGAGUUUAUUCUGGUGAUGGUGUUUAUAUCAUGUCUGAGAAAAGGUCUCCCAGCAGCGCUGGCAAUGAUGAGGGAGGUCAGCAAGGCGAUGGGUGUACUAUCAUCUACACUGGCAUACCCAUUGCUCACUUUUCUGCUAGUCAUGUUCUCUAUGACCUUCUUCACAGUGACUAACGUAAAUCUGAUGACUUCUGGUCUGCCAGUCUAUAAAACAGUUGGGGUGAACGUCUCGAAUGCAGAAUGUACCGCAAUCACCGGCGUAAAGAAAUGCUUCCCAGAGACUUUUAAGGCAUCGGACUAUCCGAACUGCAUUGUGCGCUGUGCAUUUGUUCAUUAUGAUGAGGAAGAAGGGUUUUUCCAAAGACAUGCACAAAAUUUACAGAUUUAUAACUUACUAGCAUGUCUUUGGUGCCUUUAUUUCUUCAUCACACUGGGCCAAUGCAUAAUAGCAAGGACCUUCAGCAGCUACUAUUGGUCGUUGAGCAAACCACACAACAUCCGCCGAUCUAUUCUGUAUACGGCGUUCUGCCAGACGUUAAGGUACCAUACUGGCUCCAUGGCGUUUGGCACCAUCUUCGUCAACAUGUUCCAGGGCGUCCGGAUCGUCCUGGAAUAUCUCAAAGACAAGACCGAAGGUGGACGGAUAUGUUGUUGCUCUUGCUUCCCUCUAAAUAUGCUGCUCAAAGGCUGCUUUUAUGUCUUGGAUAAAGUGCUAAAGUAUUUUACCCGAAACACCUACAUAAUGAUCACAACUUACGGGGACAAUUUCUUCAUUUCGGCAAAUAACGUUUACAUGCUAUGCGGGAGGAACAAGGGCCGGGUGCUGAAGGUGGACUGGAUCACGGACUUGCUGCUGUUCUUUGGGAGACUGCUGGUGGUCGGAGCGAUGGGUGUUUUGGCCUUCUACUUUUUCAAUGGAGAUAUUCCAGUGACAGCUGACAUCUUCCAGGCGAAGUCGCUGAACUUUUCCUGGCUGCCUGUUAUUUUGGUGAUGGUGGGAACCUACUUCAUCGCUCAGGGCUGCUUCAGCGUGUACAGCAUGGGAGUUGACACGUUCACCCUCUGCGUCAUGGACGAUCUGGAGCGCAAUGAUGGGACUCUGCAGAGACCCUACAUGUCAAGGACCUUAAUGCAGCUCCUACAACGGCAGAAUGACGUUACUCUUUGAAAACAAACAAAGAAACAAACAAAACAAAUAUAUAUAUAUAGAUAUAUAUAUAUAUAGAUAUAUAGUAGCGACUCGCACUGUGAGGUGGGACGCAAGAACAAGGCAGGAAGCAGAUGGAAAAUUUACAGCUCUUUUAUUAAUUGUCACGGGUGAAAACAGCAGUGCAGAGUGUGGAGAAAAGCAGAAGGUGCAGUGGUGCCGUGAUCUGUGCUAGGGGAAGAGUUUGGUGAGGAGUGAAGGGUUAGAGGACGAUCCUGAAUGCCUCCUCCGGUUUCGGUUCCGGUUUUAAAUAGAUCUCAGAUCUCUGCUGUCUCAAAAGCUUCUGAACAACCUCCCUGAAUGUGGUUCAGUGUGUUGAAGUCAAAUCUGGUUGUGGUGUUCUGCACUCGCACAUAAUAACAACAACAAAAUAGUUGACACGAGUGUCUUGGAAAUAAUCCUGUAUGUAUACCAUAUUUUCUCCUAGUCUUGUAUGGAUAUAUAAUAGACAUACAUUAAUUUCAUUCAUAGUUAAAUGUUUGGAAUUAUAUCUAAAAUAUGAACACGUUAACUUUGCAGAACUGGCUAUAUUUUUAAUUACUUCCUGGACUAUAAAAUAUUUUUACUUUUUUCUACUUACAUUUGCAUAAAAUAUAUUUAAAUUAAAAAUUUAGUGCAACAUUUUUGCAGACUUAUCUUUAAGUAAACCUCAUUUAACAUGUUUGCUCAUUUCAGACUAAAACACUUUACAGAGAUGUAUGAAUAAAACUUGAUGUAUUUAAAUGAAAAAUAAAAUGAAUGACUUAAAAUAA